UUGUUUUGAAUUUCUAACCCUAAAAUUAGGUAAAUAAAACAAAUUUUAGCUAACAGUUAAAUGUCGGGAAUAUUUAUUAAAAAUGCAAACACCUGUUUUAUCCAAAAACCAAGUAAAACAGACAAUUUCCUCGAAGAAAAAAACAUCUGCCACUAUUAAAAAUGUUCUUGCUUCUCCUUAUACCAAUUUUUGGCCCCUUCUUUCAACUGAGGACAAUGAGAAGUUGCACCAAAUACUUCUGGAGAAUUUGCCUGAAAUUCAUAAACCCAAAACUGCUAUUCCUUGGUCAGUCAUACAAUCUGUUCCUAAAGAUAAACGAAAACAGUUCAGAAUUGAUUUUAACAAAGAUUCCAUUGAGAUAGACCAAGAAACCAAGCCAAACAAGCACAAUUUUGUUUUUGGAAUAAAUGAUGUAACAGCAGGUCUAGAAAAUAAUCAACUAGUUGCUGUAUUGGUGGCUAAUGAAGUGGAGCCACAUUUAAUGGUUCAGCAUUUAAUUGAUCAGUGUGUUUUGUGCAGUGUAAACAUCCUUGUUGUAAAUAAUUUGAAGACAAUUACAAAGCAAGUAUUAGGAUUUGCAAGUGCAGCCUUAGGUUUAAAAAACACAAAGGAAUCAGACAGUAAAUUUAAUGUAAUUGUAACAACAGUAACAAACCUAGCCAAAAGUUACCCUUUUCCUGAAGAUCAUAUUAAUUAUAAAAGAAGCAAAACAAAUAUCUUUAAUAUCAGUGAUGAGGAUUUGGAAAUGGCAGAGGUGAAGCAAAAGGUUAACCCAGUGUUGAAUGAGGCAAAAAUGAAGGAAAUUAAAAAGAGUGUAUAUCUAACCAGAGACUCUAAAAGUCAGAGAGUUUUUGUUCCUGAAGAUUCAAUUAAAACCAUCAAAAUUCCUGGUUUUUCAAAUACUAGUUUCAUAUCAUUUGAAAAUGAAGAGACUGAAUCUGUUAAUAUUGAACAAGUACAAGAUGUUUCACAUCUCACAAUAAGUAGUGAUGAUGAUAGUGAUGCGGGUAAAAGUACAUACAAACCUUUGAUAAUUAAGAGAUUACAAGGAAAUCCUAAUAGAAAUCAACGGAAAAUUGAAAUGAUGAAACAAAGGAAAAAGAAACCCAGGAAAAAGAAAAAGUAAUUGUUGAUUUUAUAUAUAUAUAUAUAUAUAUAUAUAUAUAUAUAUAUAUAUAUAUAUAUAUAUAUAUAUAAUAAAAUAUAUGAACCAUGUAGUUCAUAAUUUUUAUAAAAAAUCCCUUUUCAUCAAAAUGUUUAAGAAAUCACAAUAUUUUUUUAUUAAUUCUUUUUUUUCUGUUUUCCAUUCAUUAAAGAUUAUGAUAUUGGGUUGUAAAUAAGACACAUUUGUAAAAUAUAUUACAUAUAGAUUUUUUUAGCACACUGAAUAAAAUACACGAAAAUACAUAACACUAUAUAAAUUAUCUAUUACUAAAAUAAAAUAUGUACAGAUA